AUGGCUACUGGUCAAGCUUUCAAAAAGGAGCACUUCUUUUGUGUUCUCUUUGGCAUCGUGCUUGGCUUAUUGUGUCUAGUCUUCUGGCCGCAUAGCUUGAAACUGUGUGGCUCUAGUAUUGCUCGCCGCGCUUCCACUAUUGAUAGCUUAGAAGUUAAUAACCACGUUGCUAUCUCCGCCCGAGAUGAUUACUCCUAUAGUGCUAGCAAUCCCUAUAGCAAUGGAGCUUGCUGCGGUGCCAGUGGCUACUAUGGCUAUGGUGAUACAUACUGUGGCAAGGGAUCCGCCAAUUUCCUAGAGAUUGAUCCCAAGUUCUGGGACAAAUUCAAUGAGCACAAUGCAAAACUAGAUGCCAUGGCUCAAUUUGGCAAGGACCGCAAGGGAAAAAAGCCGAUGUCCCCAGAGUAUUUGGCCGAAGCUUAUAGGUCCGAAAGGAACCCACGGCCCUUUAUGCCGGUUGAAAAUGGCCUGAAUAUUGCCAAAAGAGAUAUUUUCUUGGGCAAAUCUCCGGUCCAAGCUACAAAGCUUAGGAAAGCUGCAACAUCCGCUGUCAAAGCUGAUACAGAUAUAGCGGCAGACAAGAUGCUUUCGUUGCUUCAAACUGCCUUUUCCUCCUUUGAAUAUAUUCGGAAUGACUUGUUUCUGGAAAGAUUCGACGGAGUGAUCGAUGAUACCUUCACAGCUUGGAGUAAUAUCGAGGCUCCGUAUGUCGAAGCAUAUGAGGCCGGUCGCAGCUUGGCCACUUAUGAUCGUGUGAUGACUGCCUUGGAUCAGUUUGAGGAUCUUAUCUCGCAGAUUAAGAUGUCGGAUGUUACUUCCGAGAACUACAAGAAGCGGAAUCCCUAUAAUGCCAGGGUCAAGUCUAUUCAAAGCUUCGUCGAUGAACUUGUCCUGCUAGACUACUCCGACGCCAUCCAAGCGAUCAAGCAAGAAAACGCUUUUUCAGCCAGCAAGAACAUCCAGACUCGGUACAACGAAACCGCGGAUUGGGAGAUCACAGAGAAAGGUGCGGACCUCCUCGAUCCGAAGAGUCUGCCCACCUCUAAGGGGCCUCUCGAUGAGUUCACAAUGGCCGAGAAGGUUGCGACCGAACGCUUCAUGAGAGACGCGGGUUAUGGGCUCAGCCUUGCUAACCAGCGUCAGCGCCGCCUUCUCUGGAAGAGGCUUUGCGAGAUGCGGAAAAUGGGCAUUGAUCUAUUGCCUAGACUCGAACUAACACGGGGUGUUUACAGCCAUUGUUAA